GCUUCAGUCCAGUACGUGCAUUUGGGUCGUAUUGAUGGUUAAUUUCACCACCACCCGCUUCAUCGUCAUCUCGCGUGCGUCGUCAUAAAUACCUACUGACUUUGAACACAGAUAACUCCGCUCUCAGUUCGCAUCCGAACGCCAUAGUACUUUAGACUACAGACAGCGCAGUCCAUUUUUUUGUGUUUCGUCCGUGCAACGAUUCUUCCGACCGAUCACUUCCAUGUUGUAUUUCUCGUCGACUGAUAAUAGGCAUUAACCGAGCAGCAAUAUAAAUGCCUUGAGAUAGUACGCUGCUGAUAAGCGACAGUUAAUGUGCUUCGCCCAAGUUCGAUUCCGGUGUUGGGGGAAAAAAGUGAAGCUGCUCUCGGGCGUUCAGUUAGAAUGCAACAGUUGCAAGUGAAGCACUGAUAGUAACAAAAAAGUGUAACGAGCAUUGUUUUGUGUUAUAUAACUCCAGAGAUUCGUCAAACAUGUGUGCUCGUUCUUAUUGUGACCUCGUAUAACAAUAGCAUAGGAGUCAGUGAAUAUCAUUUGCAUCCAAUCGAGUCGCAGCUCUUUGCGCAUAGGAAGUGUAGAGUGUGAAGACAUAAACAUAAACCUAUACUGCAAUGAAGUUGGAUUUGCACUUUUGAUUAUCGUUAAUUGUGAGGAAUUGUCACCGUCCAACAUCAUCUGUUUCGUACUAUACCAACGUGCAAGUGCCUUGAGCAGGGUCAUUAGGAGAUUUAAUGAUCUCCAUCAAUUAGAGGUGUGCACUUUUUGCCCGCUAACUUACUCAAGGAACGCAAACCAAAGCAUCAACAAAGAAACCACAGUACCUGACGGCUGAGAGGAUGUCUCACGACACAGAUGAUAACAAAGUUCGCUACCGGCGAACGCAAAGCGUGACCCGAGCCGAAGAAAUCACUAAGAAGGAAUCGAAGGAGCGGAAAUCACAGCCGGACAAACCAUGCCACCGACCGCGGGAUUCGCUGUUCUCCUGGAGCUCGGGCUUCGACAAUUUCACCGGUCUAGUCAAUUGGGGCUUUCUACUGCUCACGAUGGGAGGCUUUCGACUAGUUUUGGAAAAUUUUAUCAAAUACGGAAUCCGAGUGGAUCCGGUACAGUGGUUCGUGGUGCUCACGGGAAGAAAUGAAGGCCAAGGUCAUCCCUCGUUGCUGUUGAUUUUGUAUUCGAUAGUUCCUAUACUGAUAUGUUUGAUGGUGGAGAAAGGAUUGGCUUCCGAAGUGAUAAUGGAAAGCGCCGGCAUGAUAGUGCAUGUAGUUAACAUUCUCGUGUUGGUUCUCAUUCCCAUGGUUGUAAUUCAUGUCAAAGGGCAAGCAUUCAGUCUGGUUGGAGCUAUGACGGUGUGCUUCGUGUACUGUAUCUUGUUCCUAAAGAUGUGGAGCUACGUACAGGUAAACCUGUGGUGUCGCAAUCAAUACAAGCAUAGCAGGAAGCGUUCCGGUCGUCGACAGAGCAUUUCCAUUGCUCAACUGCAAAAUGAACGCGAACAUGACCAACCAGGACGGCAAAACGGAAACGGCGUGGCAACGGGUGCUGAGAAAGACAAAGUACCAAAACUGGUACACUAUCCGGACAAUCUGCAUCUGAAGGAUCUGUUCUAUUUCCUGCUGGCGCCGACGUUGUGCUAUGAACUGAACUUCCCACGUACUUCGCGUAUCCGAAAGCGCUUCCUGAUCAAACGAAUCUUAGAAGUGGUCAUCGGAGUUCACAUUGUCAUGGGGCUGUUCCAACAGUGGAUGAUACCAUCCGUAAAGAACUCUUUGGUCCCGUUCUCCAACAUGGAUCUGACCAAGAUGACCGAACGAUUACUUAAAUUGGCGAUUCCAAACCACCUGAUGUGGCUGUGCUUCUUCUAUCUGACCUUCCACUCGUUCCUGAACCUGAUGGGAGAGUUGCUUCACUUUUCCGAUCGCAACUUUUACAGCGAUUGGUGGAAUGCCAACAAUAUCGAUACGUUCUGGAGGACUUGGAAUAUGCCUGUUCACAAAUGGUGUGUCCGUCACCUGUACAUCCCGGUCGUGGAGAUGGGCUAUUCUCGGAUUUCCGCUUCGGUGUUCGUGUUCUUCAUCAGUGCCUUCUUCCACGAGUACCUGGUGAGCGUCCCUCUGAAGACGUUCAAGAUAUGGGCCUUCAUGGGUAUGAUGGCGCAGAUACCGCUCUCUUUCUUUUCGAAGUUUAUGGAAAAGCAGUACGGAUCCAGGUGCGGCAACAUCGUAGUCUGGGCGUCCAUUAUACUUGGUCAACCGUUGGCAAUCAUGAUGUACUACCAUGACUACGUCAUUACGCAUUACAACGAUGUGCUGGUGUGAUUCUAUUGAUCUACUUACGCGUGGUCUUAUGUUCCUUCGCAGAAUAUACUGACUUCGAUACGAACCAACGAAGCAUAUCAGUUAGACCAAAUUAGAAAACAUUUCGAUUACACAUCACAGGAGCACAAACAAACGUGUCAUAAAGCCAAACAUCACAAGUUUUGUCUUGCAUUUUCGUCACUUAUACGGUAAACUUUUUCUCUGUACGUUUAUUUUUUUAUAAUAAAAAUAUUUUCGAAAAAUAAAAA